UCUCUCUCUCUCUCUCUCUCUCCAACGAAGUUUUCAUAUUUGCAGUAGGCUUGGCUAUAUGGCCAAUCUGUUUCAAUUUGAUGUGAUGACACACCGAAGCUACGUUCAUGUAGGCCUAACGGCAUAUAAAUAAAUUCCACUUUUUCAGGUCAUAAAAGUUACAUGCCUAUGAUAACGCUUUACAGUUGUCCAAUAUGAUCAAUCUUUCAAUUGUUUUUAUGUGACGCGCUGAAGCUACAUGCAUUGUCUUGCUCCGUUUAAAAUGUUUCUGCGUAAUUGUCAGCUGUGUGAUAAAAUCCGUUCAUAUUGCACUUUUUAUGGCUUCAAUUUGUGUUUUAUGUGACACACCGAUGCUGGUUUCAUGCAGUUUUGCGCAAGUUUAAAAUGUUUAGCCAACAAAUUGUCAGCUAUGAUGAAGUUCAACUUUUCAUGUCAUGAAAUUACAAUGUUUAUGAUAAGACUGGCUACGCCACUGCUUAUGACUGUGUUUGGUAGGCCUGCUGUUCUCUACCCCGCUCUUUUCUGCCCUCUAUUGGAUAACCUGGUCUGCCUGCAUAGAGAAGCGCACUUUGACGAGACAGGUCAUGACAUUUGAAACAGCGGCGCUCCAAAUGUAAGAGAAUAACCUCUGAUAGACCGUUACUUCAGCGCAAGCACAAAACAGGCUACUUUAUGGGUUAAGUAGCAUAUCAACUGGUAGGCCUAUUUACGCUAGAAAGUUUCGCCACUGCCCAAACUACCACACCAACUACCAACUUAUGUCUUGACCAGACGCCAGAUGGCAUCAUGACAUGCAAUUGAUAAGGGAACUGAAAGUGUCCCCCUCCCUUAAUAGAGUUGCUCUUCGCCAGAAUUCUGACCGAAAGAGGAAAAGGAACGCGUCGCAAUGGAUAAAUUCAAGGUUGUGAUGAACUUGCUCCAAAAACGUCAAACGACCAUUGGAUUCGGUGCGAUUCCGUUACUGACGGCGGGUGCGGAGCAUGCUUUUUCAAAUUUUGCCUUCAGGUGUCCAUGUAGCGAGUGGAACUUUCUCUAUGGGACGGUGUCUCUUCUUGUGCCGGCCACGGCUUUGCUUAUACUUGGCUACAUGUUAAGCAACAAAACGUGGAAGCUUUUCACAGGUUUGUGUCUGAAGAAGUCUAAACUUUUUCGUUUCAAAUAUUUGUGCGGCUGUUUUACUGUUUUUACUCAGAUCACAAUGACCGCUAUGGUGGCGCCUGUCUCCUGGAUCGCAAUAGCGCUUCUUAACGGCGUUUAUUUUGAAUGUAUAGUGACGGGCACUAAUAUCACUCAAUUGAAGAGCUUUCUGUGCAGUGACAAAUCAGAUAGUUGCAAGACAGAGCUCUAUAGAUUGCCGUGUAAGACAUCGAUCCCGUCGGCGGACAGAGAAGCUGUCCUUACAACCAUACGCGCACAGUCUCAGAUCCUAGGCUGGUUGGUGAUAGCCUCCAUCAUGCUCUUCUCCCUGCUGUUCACCUGUAUGGCCAGGUGCAACUCUCCAGUGAGCUACCUGCAGCUCAAGUUCUGGAAGACCUACUCUCAGAAGGAGAACAACUUCUUUGACAAGUAUGCCACGGAACACGCCGAGAAGCUUGCCGAGAGGAACAUCAAGAGUUUCUUUGAACUGAGCACGCCGGCACCUCAGCCAACUCCUCCAAAGAUUGCCUGGGAAAAGGUCUCCAGCUUCUACAAGUUCAGGACCAUGGAUAAGUAUUACAGCACCGUGCAUAAGUAUGUGGAGACAUGCAGGAACCCUGAGAACCCCAUGAGAGUCCUGUCAACAAAAUCAGGUGAGGGGGAUCUUGUCAACCCAGCGGCCCUGGCAUUUCUGGACGAGGGCAUGAUGCUGUGAGAGAGUCAGAUCCUACAGGUUGACAAUGUUUUCCUCAAGUGCACUCUAUUUCAAAGUGAUUUUUUUAAAGAAUGUUAGUACAUUUUUGAAGACUUUUAGAAGGAUUUAAAGAUUUUUUUAUUUAUUUGAUACAUGAUAAUUCAAGUUUUGUGUGCUUUAACCCAUUUACUCCUAAAAUGCCUGCUAAAAAACGCCUAUAGAAUCCUAUGGCAUUCUAGACUAAAUAACCUUAUUUCCUGAGUGUUUUCUGAAAACAUACUAAAAAUUGUCAACGUCUACCAAAAUGUAAUAUCUAAGCCUCUGUAGCACCUAGAAACAUGAAAUAAAAAGCAUGCUGCGCUACGCAGCAUCCAGCGGGAGGGUCAAUGUUGCGUCAUGCAGCAUCCAGCGCGAAUGGGUUAAAAUGAUGACAGAGUUUUUUUUCUUCAGUGAUCAUGCCAUUGUAUUUUUGCCUCAAAUAAUUAAGCUCAGGUUUAUUAUGCAACGUGUCAGUUUGGGUAAUGAAUAUAAAGUUUAUAAAGACAUACCAAGUUUGUGCCUCAUGUGCUUUCAUGGAAACUAUUUGUACAGCAUAAAACAUUCAUUGUUCUAUCUGCUACAAAAUCCUGCUGUUUCUCUGUAUCUCUGGUCUGAUGUUCUCUUGUAUUCUCUUCACUUCCGCUUGACUUCCCGUCUCUUCUGCUGUGGUCUGUGGUGGGUUUCAGCCCUCACAUCCUAUAGGCUUAGGCUACUAUGUAUGCAGUGAGAAAUACAUGUGAGGCUUAACAUGUGCAUUAAAACACAGCAUUGAAAAAUUGUACAAUGUGAACUUGAAUGAAAUUUGGCCAGUAGCCUAUAUGUGCAAAAAUGUUAGCCUAUGCGGAUACUCAUGUGAGCAGUAUUUCCGAUGUUCUAAGUGAUUGUUUUUCUCGGUUGUCAACUCAGUUUCAGUUCCAAUUCCACGGAACUUCCCCUGUGAGUAUAAAGGCAACCAUAUUCAAAAAGAUUUUAUAAGUGGGACAAGUGUGUGUGAUGUGAUGUAUCACAAUAAAUGCUGAACAGUGAUCAA